CAUGGAUCUCUCCUUUAUGGCUGCGCAGCUGCCCAUGAUGGGAGGAGCUUUCAUGGACUCGCCCAAUGAAGACUUCAGCACCGAGUACUCUUUGUUUAACUCUUCCUCCAAUGUCCACGCGGCCUCCAAUGGCCAGGGCCAGCUGGAAGAGCCUCCCAGGUCCUCCAAUGAUGCCGUCUUGCUGUGGAUUGCCAUCAUAGCGACGCUGGGGAACAUUGUGGUGGUGGGGGUGGUGUACGCCUUCACCUUCUGAGGGAAUAGGGUGAUGGGCAGCCACAGGUCGGCUCACCCUGUGUUGGGCUUACCAUGGGUUAGCGCUCUGCCCAUGGCACUGUCUUGCUAUUGGCCCUUGGCUAUUCCUAUGUUCUAAAACCAGGAAUUCUGACCACUUGAAUGGCCUCUAGGGGUAGAAUCCAUGCAAUUGGAAUUUCCCCAGGCAGCCCUGAUUUCUAAUAUUCCCUGGUCAAGCUGAUUCAGAAAACAGAGAAGUAGGGGCUUCCUGCCCCUGGAGGUUUAAAGAACGGAGCAAAGCUUUCAAAGAGCAGCUUGGCAAAUUCUUGAAGUUGCAUUCUAAGAACAUGA